AUGAAGAUCUCCACCUCAUCUGUUCUUGCCAUCGCGGCGUCCCUCGCCAGUCCGGCCAUCGCCUUUACUACUACGCCGAUCAAUACUAAUGUCUGUCGGCGUCCUCUUUCUGCUUUGGCAGCCGUCUCCAAGAGCGACCUCGAAGGAGCUCAAGCGGCUGUGGAUGAACUUCUCAACGAAAAGAACUGCGGCCCCAUUAUGAUUCGUUUGGCAUGGCAUGAUUCGGGUACAUUUGACAAGGAUAUCACGGACGAGUGGCCCGCGGCUGGUGGCGCCGUGGGAUCGAUUCGUUGCAAUCCUGAACUGUUGCACGGAGCCAACGCCGGUUUGGACAUGGCCGUGGACUUUAUGCAAGGCAUCAAGGACAAGUUCCCGGAUGUGAGUUACGCCGAUCUGUAUCAAAUGGCGUCCGCGCGGGCCGUUGCCUUGGCGGGUGGACCCGAUAUUGACAUGAUGUAUGGGCGACUCGAUUCCGCAGGACCAGACGAAUGCAGUCUCGAAGGUCACCUCCCCGAUGCCGAGCCUGGUCCGGACGGAAAGUACGGAGGAUACGUGGAAGGAAAACCCAGCGUUUCCACGGAGGAUAAAACUCCGUACGGACAUCUUCGCAAGGUCUUUUACCGCAUGGGAUUGAACGACGAAGAGAUUGUCGCUCUUUCGGGCGCUCAUACCAUGGGGCGAGCCCAUAAGGAUAGGAGUGGUUUGGGUGCCGCCAAGACCAAAUUCACGGAUGGCAAACCAGUCGAACGAGGGGAUGGUGAAAAGGUGGACAACUACCGAGUUGGUGGGUCGGCUUGGACCAAGCAAUGGCUCACAUUUGACAACUCGUACUUUACCACCAUUCCCGAUGACGAUGCCGACCCAGAACUACUCAAAUUGUCCACGGACAAAACACUCUUUGACGAUGAUGGUUUCAAGCCGUUUGCGGAAAAGUUUCGGGAUAGCCAAGACGCCUUUUUCGAGUCCUAUGCGGAAGCCCACAAGAAGCUUUCCGAGCUGGGUUCCAAGUUUGAACCAAAAGGCGGCAUCAAGAUCUAA